GGAGGGGGAGGAGGGGGGUAUCUGCCUUGUGACGUAGGAUGGAAUACCGCCACCACGUGACCCUGUGACGUCGGCCAUAUUUUGGUAAGACACCAGGAAGUGCUGAAGAAGGCGAAGACCGAAACCUGAAAAGGCUGAAGUUUAACUAACAGUUUUCACGUUAUUUAACUACUUUUUUCGCGGAUUGCCCGCAAGGAUUUGAUUUUAUAAUAGUUUGGUUCGCCGAGAGUCGUCCGACAUGCCUGGUAUGGAGAAACAGCUCUUCAAUUUGAAGUUCGCUGCCAAAGAACUCCAAAGAAAUUCCAAGAAAUGUGACAAAGAGGAAAAAGUCGAGAAGGCUAAAGUUAAGAAAGCCAUCCAGAAGGGGAAUAUGGAAGUGGCGAGGAUCCACGCAGAGAACGCCAUCAGACAGAAGAACCAGUCUGUGAACUUCCUGAGGAUGAGUGCUCGGGUAGAUGCAGUGGCAGCGAGGGUCCAAACUGCAGUUACAAUGAACCAGGUCACAAAAUCCAUGGCUGGAGUGGUGAAAGGCAUGGACUCCACUCUGAAGAGUAUGAAUCUGGAAAAGAUUUCAGGUCUCAUGGACAAAUUUGAGCACCAAUUUGAAACUCUGGAUGUUCAAACAGCCCACAUGGAGGACACCAUGAGCAGCACAACCACACUCACAACACCUCAGAACCAAGUGGACUCAUUGAUGCAUGAACUGGCUGAUGAAGCAGGAUUGGACCUGAACAUGGAGCUUCCUCAGGGACAGACCGGAUCAGUGGGCAGCAGCGUGGCCUCUGCAGAACAGGAUGAACUGUCUCAAAGGCUCGCCAAACUCCGAGAACAGAUGUGAGAGGCGCCUGUGGUGGACUGGCUCCAGAACACUAGCUGAAUAUUACUCCAUUCACCUUCUACAUCUUGUCUUUUCUCCUCUUUACAUCUCAUCUGUCUCUGUCCAGGGGCUACUGUAUCAUUUUAUUUCUGUUGUUUUUUGUGGAUAAUGAGCCUUGUUGAUUGUGUGUCAAUAACAACAUUUGGAUUCUAACAGAUGGUCGUUCUGGAAAAUGUAAAUAUUUCUUAAAUAUACAUAUUUAACCAUGAGGAAGAUCUAAUGUAGCCCUAUUGUUUAAUAUGUAUACUUAAGAAGUUCAUACAUUUUCUGAAAAGUAUAAAGUGUGGCAGUUAUUACCCUGUAUUUAUCCGCAAAUUUCAUAUAUUCAUGAUGAAUAAGCAGGAGGAAGGUUUUGGACUGUAGAAUUAAAUUUUCAGUUCAUACAUGCAUGAUUGCAGCAAACUUAUGCAUUUUGUCUUGGUUUCAGAGUGAAAGAACUUCCUGCUUACUGUUUAAAUGACUUGUUUAGAUUUCUGGCAUUUACUUUAUGAGGAAUAUUUUAAGAAGAUACCAGGUGAUUAUCCCGUGUUUGUCUGCUCAUCAUCAAUGUUUUCGCUGAUCAUUUGGGAAGGGUGGACAUUACAGACAGUAAAUAAACAAUAAAAUUUUAUAACACUUUUA